AUGAGUAGUCCCAGUGCCAAGCCAACAUGUCUGUCACAGCCUGUGGUGAAGAGUGUGAUGGUGUAUCGCAAUGGAGACCCUUUCUUCCCUGGGCGGCGUGUUGUUAUCCAUGAGAAGAAGGUUUCCAGUUUUGAUGUCUUUCUAAAGGAAGUGACAGGUGGUGUGAAUGCUCCUUUUGGGGCUGUGCGGAAUAUUUAUACACCCCGUGGUGGGCAUCGCAUUCGUCAGCUAGAUGAGAUUCAAAGUGGAGAGCACUAUGUUGCUGGUGGCAGAGAAGCUUUCAAAAAACUAAACUAUUUGGAUAUUGGAGAGCCAAAGAAAAGACCGAUGGAAAAUAAUAAUGAGUUAUCUCUGGAAGAUGUGAAGCCAGUUACCCACAGCAGAAUUAAUGUGUCUGCACGCUUUCGAAAACCACUUCAGGAGCCAUGCACUGUAUUCCUGGUUGCUAAUGGUGAUCUUGUAAGCCCAGCAGUGCGUCUUUUCAUCCCAAGAAAAGCACUAAAUCAGUGGGAUCGGGUUCUUGAAAUGGUUACUGAAAAAGUUACACUCAGAAGUGGAGCUGUACAUAGGCUUUACACUUUAGAUGGAAAACCUGUGGAAAGCGGGCUGGAUUUGGAAAAUGGACAGUUUUAUGUAGCAGUUGGCAGAGAUAAGUUUAAGAAAUUGCCAUAUAAUGAACUAUUGUUCAGCAAGUCCACGGUGAAGAGAUCUUAUGGCUCAAAGGCAUCGUCGCUACCACCUAUUGGUGGAUCUGGAAAAUCAAAGGGGAGUUCAAAAUCUACCGACACAGGGGAUACAUUGUCUUCUCCUCAACCUCCAAAGAGAAAGGAAAAGAUUGGACACAAUCAAGAGUCUAAAAAACCUACAAAAUCAAAAGAAGAUGCAAAAAUUAUAACCAAAUCUUACAUUUUUCCUGUUAAUGAUGAUGGUGUUUACAAAGCUGGAAAAAAGCGAUCUGAAAUGCGAGGGGCAGCAGAAGUCCAGGAAGAUGAAGACACUCAAACUGAGGUCCCAGUUGACCAGCGACCAGCAGAAACUGUGGAUGAGGAAGAAAAUGAAGCACCAGAACAUAAAGCUUUAAACCAAAGAGAAUAUGCAACAAUGAAUGGGGAAAAUGGGGAGGCUAUUAAUGGAAAGGAGGAAGGCAAAGAGAAACAGAAUGACCAUUAUGAAGAUGAAUUACAAGGGCAGAACCUUGACCAAGCAGGACAAGAGUCUAAUGACCACAUGCAUGGUAACACAAAUGAAGAAAAUGGUGAGGAAAUGGAUCCCAGUAGUCAUCCAGAAGAAACAAAAGAAGGUAUUGAUGAUCAAAUCCAGGUUGAUUCCAAUUAUGAAAAAGUCCCAGCUCCAAGAGUCACCAUCACCAGUCCACAAGAAAGUGAGAAAAAUGAACAAACCAGUGACUAUGCAGCAGUAGCAUAG